CAGUCUACAGUUUUGGUUAAGUGCUUCGUACCAGAUGAUUUCGUUUUUCCCCACAAUCAUCGUCUUCGUGUUACUUAUUUGUGGUCACCAUUGGUUAGCAUUUGUCAAUUGUGUAGGAGAGCAGUAUAACAAUGGAAAACUUAUCAAUGUAACGAAACGAAACGAAAAUGCGCCAUUAGGUCAAUUGAAAAUAAUUGAUGGAAAAAUCUAUUAUACCCAGACGUUCAGACCCAUUUCGAUUGGUUUCAAAAACCAAAAAGUUACAAGUUUAAGCAACAAGAACACAUUUUCAGGAGUACCUGAAUGUAAAACUCCCAACAAUGACACUGGACAUUGCGUAAUGUUAAACCAUUGUCCUGUAUUGGAUAAUGUUAAAACAAAGGAAAGUAACAAACAAUUCCUGAAAGAUUCCAUUUGUCAUGAAGAUGAAGUUGAGGUGAGGUAUUGCUGUGGAAAAUACGAAAAUUUCAAGUAUCUGUUACCCAAGCGACCUCUACCCAAAUCUUGUGGCUACGAGCAAAUCAAGAAAGGAAAAAUAUUCGGAGGAACCGAGGCCAGACUUGGGGAAUUCCCUUGGUUGGCUAGAAUAAUCCACACUAGUAAUGAAGGAGACAAAUCUGUUGGUUGUGAAGGGUUCUUGAUCCACAAGAGAUUCAUUCUGACCGCAGCUCAUUGUGUAAGGAGUCCUAGCAUUGCUCUUGUUGGAAACAUCACCGAAAUACAACUCGGAGAACAUAAUACUCAGACCGAGGAAGAUUGCAAUGGUUUGAAGUGUGCCGAUCCUCUCCAAACAAUGAGAGUGAAAAGUAUAAUUCCUCACCCGGAGUACAGACACAAUUCCAGGGAUCAUCAUUACGACAUCGCCCUCAUAUAUCUGAAGGGGGAGGUGAAAUUCUCCGACUUUGUUCAACCAAUUUGUUUAUCAGAAAAGCCUCAUAUUCCUAACGAAUACUGGAUAAGUGGUUGGGGAAAGACUGAAAAAGGCACAUACAGUGACGUUAAAAUGAAAGUAUCGAUCCCGUCUUUCGAUCUAAUAGAAUGCAAUAGGAUAUACUCCAAAGUUCGUGUCAAAAUUGGACAGAGUCAGUUCUGUGCUGGAGGUGAGAAAGGCAAAGACAGUUGUAUAGGAGACUCGGGAGGACCUCUUAUGUUACAAACUGUUGAAGGAAGGUGGUUUGCAGUUGGUCUUGUUAGUUAUGGACUAAGCUGUGGUUUAGAGGGAUGGCCAGGUGUCUAUACUAGCAUUCCAUUUUAUUAUGAUUGGAUUGUAGAAACAAUUAUUCAACUUAGGGAACCUGAAUUACUGGUAAAUAAUAAUAUGAGAGCUCAUCCCACUUCUAAAACUCUAAAUGACGACUCGUCAAGCCAGUUGUUAGUCAAGAUGUGGUUCUCAGCCGGAAUACUGUGUUUGUUUUCAUUCCUGAUUUUUGUGAAAGCACAAAAUCCAUGUACAACACCAAAUGGCGAUAGAGGAAGAUGUAUUUCUGUUUAUUCGUGUCAAACUUUAUUGAAUGUAGUAAGGAGCAGAGAUCCAGAACAAAUACGGUUUUUGAGAGAAUCCCAAUGCGGAUACAACUCAAAUCCUUUAGUAUGUUGUGGUAGGUAUGACCACUUCCAAAGGGAGACUAGCUCAUGGGGUAAUAAUCGUGGUAGUGAUGAAGAUGAGGAUAAAAUAGAAUAUGGAAAUGGUGAUGAUGACGAUGACAGAAGAACAAAUAAUAAUAAUAGAGAUAGAAUUCAAACCAAUGGCAAUAACAAUAGAAACGAUAAUAAUAGGAGAGGUGGAAACGAUCUGCCGAAUAAAACUGUGUGUGGAAGACAAACUGCUGAUAAAAUUAUAGGCGGACAAGCCACUGCACCUGAUGAAUUUCCGUGGAUGGCACUAUUGCAAUACCGCAAAAGAAAUGGUGAUACACCAUUCUCUUGUGGGGGAUCCUUGGUCUCUUCGAAAUACGUCCUUACAGCUGCACAUUGCGUCACUGGAAGAAUCCUGACAGCAGUUGGAAAACUAUAUAGUGUGAGACUUGGAGAAUGGGAUACUGAAACAGAUCGUGACUGCCAGACUGUUUUCAACUUUGAAUCUUGCAACGAUCCUCCAGUUGACAUGGAAGUUGAAAGAGGAUUUGCUCAUCCAGACUACAGCGAUUCCAAUGUGAAUAGAUACCAUGACAUAGCUCUCGUCAAACUCAAAGAGAGUGUGCAAUUUACAAAUUUCAUAAGGCCCAUUUGUCUACCUUCAGCAAGUGACCGUUCUCGUUUGGGCGAUGAAUUGUUUGUUGCUGGAUGGGGAAGAACGGAAAACAGUGCUCAUAGCAACAAAAAGUUAAAACUCAAAGUUCCCAUUGCAAGGACGGACCAAUGUUUGGCAAAGUUUAGAUCUGCAGGUGUUUCAUUGAGUGACAGCCAGAUUUGCGCAGGAGGACAAGGAGGAAAGGACUCAUGCAGUGGUGACAGCGGAGGUCCUCUUAUGACAACAUUCAGCAAUGAUAAUUCGCAGUGGUUUGUGGAGGGGGUAGUCUCAUUUGGAGCAAGCUGUGGCAGAGAAGGUUGGCCUGGAAUAUACACAAGAGUAUCAGAAUAUGUGGAUUGGAUUACGGAGAAUGUGAGGGACUGAUUUCUUCUUCCAUCGAAAAAUUUCGAAAAGCUCUCUCUCACUUUCUCUUCCUCCCUCGCAUUCACGGCAUUGAUCACUCAGAUGCAUGCAGUAUUUCAAGUGAUGGCGUCAGGAGGAGGUGGUACUGAUGUAUUCGAAUCUAGGUGCCAUUAACUAAAUGUAAUUUUAUAUUUUGAUGUAUUUAUAUGUGAAAAAAUUUCGACAAGCGUAUGUUGAUAUAUAUUUUUGAAAAUAUAAAA